GAUCGGACUUCUAUCCAACGUUCUCGACAAAAGAUUUUCCGAAGCUGUACUCAGUAGUUAAAAAAUAUCGGGACUACGUUGCUUCAUAUUAAGACAUAUAUUCGUAGAUCAUAAGAAAUUAUUUACGACACCCUGUAUGAGCUCCAGUUUGCAACGCCACGAUACCGAAAGAGGGAGAAUUGUGUGCUAAGACAUUUUGGGUUAACCUCCAAAAACAGAAAUUUCACGUUAUACCUAUAUUCCUUUAAUAAUUCCUUGGAAUCUGAAAUUGUGAAGGGAACCGACGUUACGGAAUAUGUAUGAGCAUAACUUGGUAUGACUUGGCGGGCAUAACCUUGAUUAUACCGUGACGUGUGCCGAUCUGAGAAAUCGUUGCUCCAAAUGCUACAAAGUCGGGCCUUUUGAAAAUGGUAUCGGUUCAGCUGUUAAGAGAAGAAAUAUACUAAUAUAGUUACAAAGCCCUGACUGAAAUGAAACCUGAUACAAAUCUGCCAGAAUUCUUACAAUGGCAAGUGGGGAUGUGAGUAAUUAUCUUAAGGAAACUGAAUUGCUUGUCCGAUUGGUUCGUGAAAGACCAGCACUCUAUGAUAGAUCAAGAACAGACUUCAAAGAUCCUGCAUACAAACAAUUCAUGUGGCAGGAAAUUGGAGAUCUAAUGGGAUGCGCAUCACAGGAAAUUUAUAAGAAAUGGAUAAGUUUGCGUGAUCGUUACACAGCAGAACAUCGGAAACUCAAGAAAAAUCCUGGCCUUGUACAGUCAGCCUGGCCUUUUUACGAAUCUAUGAGGUUCUUGGAAAAGCAUAUUAUCGAGCGAAGAAGAAUCUUGCCUCAUAUAUAUGGCUCACUAAGGGACACUGAGCUUAUAAAAGAGACGCGUGAUGUCAAACUUGAAUCUUUCGAUUCAGGUGCAUUGGGUGACCCUCCAUGGAAUGGAGGGAUAGAUAAUUCUUUACCAGUAGAAACUGGUUAUGUUGAAAACCUCGCAACAGAUCAAGCUGUCACACCUGAUACUGUAACGACCGUUCCACCGAGCAAGAGGUACAGAAGCAUAUCUCCCAGCACUUCCCCGAUCUCUAUAAAGAGAGACAAGUUGAAACUAGAAGAAGGGCUUCUAGACAGUCUUCGCGAUAUAGGGAAUGCUACCAAGCAGAUAGCGUCAUCAGUGUCUGAUGAAGAAAACGCAGAUAAACUGUUUGGGAAGAUGGUUGGUGUGAUGGUUGGAGAAUUGAACAGUGAUGAUAAGAACAGAGCGAAAAUCCAUAUAAUGUCGUACCUAUGCACGCACGGAUAUAAAAACAAUGAAUCAAAUUGAAUAGAGAAAUAAUUCUGGUGUCUAAAUUCCAGAGUAUGGUGUUACACCUUGUUAACUUUGGAAACAAUUGGUAUUAUUUUUGUCGAUGUGUAUUUAUUUCUAUUUAAAUAUAUGUACAACAAUUGACAUUAUUAAUAUGGAUGAGAA